AUGACAAAUAUUGAGAAACUUAGUGGCGCUAAGGACUGGGUGGCCAAAAGGAGGAGAGCGAAGAAUUUGAGUACCAUUCGUGAUGAAACAUUGACUUUUGCAAACUUACUCAAACUCAAAAUCUCUAUUGGCUUUUGGCAUCUGAGUGGUGGGUUCGAGUCCAAGAACAGCUACGGAUCAGGUCUCUUCCAAAUGAGAAUCAAAGUGCCCGGAGGAAAUUCUGGCGGCGUCGUCACAGCUUUUUACUUGACGACGAAAGGAGGUGGUCAUGACGAGGUUGACUUUGAGUUUCUAGGGAACAACAACGGAAGACCAAUAACAUUACAGACAAAUCUGUUUCUGAAUGGAGAAGGAAACAGAGAACAGAGGUUUUUGCUUUGGUUCAACCCAACCAAACACUACCACACUUAUGGGAUUCUUUGGAACCCUUACCAAAUUGUGUUUUACGUGGACAACAUCCCAAUAAGAGUGUACAAAAACGAGAACGGCGUAAGUUAUCCAUCAAAGCCUAUGCAAGUCGAGGCCAGUCUCUGGAACGGUGACGAUUGGGCGACUGAUGGUGGUCGGACCAAGAUUAACUGGUCAUACUCUCCUUUCAUUGCUCAUUUCCAAGACUUCGCUCUAUCCGGCUGCAACAUAGAUGGUCGGAGUAAUAAUGUUGCCGCUUGUGAAUCCUCCAACUACUGGUGGAAUGCAGGCAACUAUCAAAGAUUAAGGGACAACGAACAGAAACUUUCUGAGUAUGUGAGGAAAAAAUACAUGAACUAUGAUUAUUGUAUUGAUCGCUCUAAAUACCAAACUCCUCCUAGAGAAUGUUAUUGAAAUAAGUAAGUUAUAAGGAGUUCAUAUCACAGCUGAGAAUAUAAUUAUAUUGUUAUUGAAAUAAGUAAGUUAUAAGGA